AGCCCACUUAAAAAAGCCCCAUUUCCAGCCUUCUCCCAACCCGUCUCCCAAGUCCUCGGCACUCGAUCGGCAGAAAGUCCCAAAUCCCAACCCUGUUGUGUCGUUCUCUGGUUCUCGUCUUCUCGGUCCUCACCAAUCGGCAAUCACCAUCUCCCAUUCUCCCAGUUCCUGCGUUCUCAAACCGACGCCAUUCACAACAAGAUCUAAUCGGCAAUCACCAUCUCCGUUCCAAUCGGCAAUCACCACUCACCAGGCUCUAACAUUUCUUCUCAUUUCUACAGUCGCCUUUCUCUACUGGCUCUCCACACAUAUACUGAAGCUCCUCUUGCCCUCUCUAUUCACUCAAGAUUUCUGAACCUAAGACUAUAAUCUCAUAUCUUUCCAUUAUCGGGAAGGACGAUGUCAGAAAAAGGAGGGAAAGGACCGGAGUUUAGUAAUGGAGGAAAAUCUGCUCUCAAAUCUGGGAAGGAUGACAGUGCAGGGAAAAAGAAAGGAAGGAAAGUUCAAUUUGGUUUUGAAGAUUCACCUGAUGGAACUUUCGCGAGAUCUAAUGGCAAAGCAGAUACACCAUUUUCUAAAGGAAGCAAAGGUGGAAAAAGUGGAAAAGGCCAAACAUCAAAAGUACCUCUUCCCUUGGAGCUCAGAGUUGAGCAAGAAAUUUCUGAGAAUACUGAUUGCCUGAUGGACUGUGAAGCUGCUGAAAUCUUAAAAGGAAUCCAGGAGCAAAUGGUUAUACUGUCUGAAGAUCCAACUAUAAAGCUUCCUGUAUCAUUUGACAAGGGACUGAUGUAUGCACUGCGACACCAAGUUUAUGAGAACCCAGAGACUAUUAAACAAGCACUUCAACCUUUGAAGAAGCAUGGUGUAUGUGACAGCGAGAUAUGCAUGAUUGCCAACUUUCACAUGGAAUCUGCUGAUGAAGUGUUUGCUCUCAUCCCCUCUUUGAAGGGUAAGAAGAAAAAGCUGGAAGAACCCCUAAAAGCAGUGUUGGAGGAAUUAGCUAAGCUGAAGAACUCAUCAUAAUUCAUGAAGCCAUAUAUUGCAGAGGCAAGGAUCAGGCGAUUUGUGUCAUGUUGUAACUACUGCUUGGGCGCUUAGGUAGUCGAUGAUGUCCAUCGCUGACUUGUGAGCUAUUUUGAAUUCAAAGUGUUUAUUCUACUUUUGCCCUUUCAACAUUUGUGACAAUUCUACAUGUAGUUUUCACCAUGACCCUCACUUUUGACAACUCUACUUGAUUUUGCCUUGCCUAACCUUUGUUGACUUUAUGAGGAAUGAUAUCGAAAUAUUAUCAAAAAUACUCCAUAGCAUGUUUUCAAAUUGCACAAAUGAGAAGACCCAUGAAGCAGUUGAGGUUUAUAGCGCACAAAUCAACAGGUUUGACGCAACUCGUAGAAUUCCUCCUCUUGUGUUUCCGA